UUUCCACCACUAGCGUGGCAUGCUAGCGUGAAAAAGUAUUUUUCUCAUUUUGCAAAGAUUUAAAAUUGCAGUUUGCCGCUGAAGAAAGAGAUUAAACGUGGAAAAUAGGGUAGGACACUAAACGGGUCGAACAACCGGAUAUAAUGUCCAUUCCGCCGUACAUGUUGCCGCAGAAUGCCUGGGCCGCCCAACUCAUGGCCCAGCAGGCAUAUGCGGCUGCUCAUGCUCAGCAGGCGCAACUGCAUGCCCAGCAGCAGAUGGCCAACCAGAUCCAGCAGAUUCCCCCGCCUGGCGCUCCGCUACCUCCACAAAGUGGCCACGCAAACGGGAUUCCCAUCGCUGCCGGUGGGCAACCGGGCUUAGGGCAGAUUCCGACGCCGAAGCCAGACAUUCUCACGGAGGAGAAGCUGCAGGAGAAGGCACUGAAGUGGCAGCACCUGCAGUCAAAGCGAUUCGCUGAGAAGCGAAAGUUUGGAUUUGUAGACACUCAGAAGGAGGAUAUGCCUCCGGAGCACAUCAGGAAGAUCAUACGUGAUCAUGGUGACAUGACGUCCAGAAAGUACCGUCACGACAAGCGUGUGUAUCUGGGUGCCCUCAAGUAUAUGCCGCACGCUGUUUUAAAGUUGCUGGAGAACAUGCCCAUGCCCUGGGAGCAGAUCCGGGAUGUGCAGGUUCUCUACCACAUCACUGGAGCUAUUACCUUUGUCAACGAGAUUCCCUGGGUCAUUGAGCCGGUCUACAUUGCACAGUGGGGUACCAUGUGGAUUAUGAUGAGGCGUGAGAAGCGCGAUCGUCGUCACUUUAAGAGAAUGCGUUUCCCGCCCUUUGAUGACGAAGAACCGCCUCUAGAUUAUGCGGACAACGUGCUCGAUGUGGAGCCUUUGGAAGCCAUUCAAAUCGAGCUGGACAACGACGAAGAUAAUGCCGUAUACAAGUGGUUCUAUGAUCAUCGUCCUCUAGUUGAUACGCAAUUCGUAAAUGGCUCCACAUAUCGCAAGUGGAAUCUUUCGCUGCCCCAACUGGCCACCCUGUAUCGGCUGGCCAAUCAACUGCUUACGGAUCUGGUGGACAAUAACUUCUUUUAUCUAUUCGAUCCUAAGAGUUUCUUCACCGCGAAGGCUUUGAAUAUGGCCAUUCCUGGCGGUCCCAAAUUUGAGCCCUUGAUUAAAGAUCACAACGUGGGGGAUGAAGACUGGAACGAGUUUAAUGACAUCAACAAAGUCAUUAUUCGGCAGCCCAUUCGUACUGAGUAUCGGAUAGCUUUUCCCUAUUUGUACAACAAUAUGCCUCACUUUGUGCAUCUGAGCUGGUAUCACACACCAAACGUGGUCUACAUCAAGACCGAAGAUCCUGAUUUGCCCGCUUUUUACUUUGAUCCGCUUAUCAACCCCAUAUCGCACCGGAACUCCAAUUCGAAGGUGCAGGAACCGCUGCCGGAUGAUGACGAGGACUUCACUUUGCCGGACGAUGUGCAGCCCUUCCUGCAGGAUACUCCGCUCUAUACGGACAACACAGCUAAUGGCAUAGCACUGCUGUGGGCUCCUCGUCCCUUCAACAUGCGCUCUGGUCGUUCUCGACGUGCCAUCGAUGUGCCAUUGGUCAAGUGUUGGUACAAGGAGCACUGUCCUCCGGGACAUCCGGUCAAAGUGCGCGUCAGCUAUCAGAAACUGCUAAAGUACUAUGUUCUGAACGCCCUUAAGCAUCGGAAACCUAAGCCCCAAAAGAAGCGCUACCUAUUCCGUUCUUUCAAGGCCACCAAAUUCUUCCAGACCACCACAUUGGACUGGGUGGAGGCUGGACUGCAGGUUUGCCGUCAGGGAUACAACAUGCUGAACCUUCUGAUCCACCGUAAGAACCUAAACUAUUUGCAUUUGGAUUAUAAUUUCAAUUUGAAACCGGUUAAGACCUUGACGACCAAGGAGCGUAAGAAGUCGCGUUUCGGCAAUGCCUUCCAUCUGUGUCGUGAAAUUCUGAGAUUGACCAAGCUCAUCAUCGACUCACAUGUGCAGUACCGAUUGAACAACGUGGACGCCUUCCAACUGGCCGACGGUCUACAGUACAUAUUCGCCCACGUGGGCCAACUGACAGGAAUGUAUCGCUACAAGUACAAGCUGAUGAGGCAGAUUCGCAUGUGCAAGGAUCUUAAGCAUCUGAUCUACUACCGCUUCAAUACGGGGCCCGUUGGCAAGGGUCCUGGUUGUGGUUUCUGGGCGCCGGGCUGGCGCGUGUGGCUAUUCUUUAUGCGUGGCAUCACCCCGCUCUUGGAGCGCUGGCUAGGAAACCUGUUGUCGCGUCAGUUCGAGGGUAGACACUCCAAGGGUGUGGCCAAAACGGUUACCAAACAGCGCGUUGAAUCCCACUUCGAUCUAGAGUUGCGUGCCUCCGUGAUGCACGACAUCGUGGACAUGAUGCCCGAGGGUAUCAAACAGAACAAGGCGCGUACUAUUCUGCAGCAUCUUUCGGAGGCGUGGCGCUGCUGGAAGGCAAACAUUCCGUGGAAGGUACCGGGCCUACCGAUUCCGAUUGAGAAUAUGAUCCUGCGUUAUGUCAAGAUGAAGGCGGACUGGUGGACAAAUACCGCGCACUACAACAGGGAGAGAAUUCGUCGCGGAGCCACCGUGGACAAGACCGUGUGCAAGAAGAAUCUGGGACGACUCACGCGACUCUAUUUGAAGGCAGAGCAGGAAAGACAGCACAACUACCUCAAGGAUGGUCCCUACAUUUCACCCGAGGAGGCUGUGGCCAUCUACACCACCACUGUACAUUGGUUGGAGUCGCGUCGGUUCGCGCCCAUUCCUUUCCCGCCGCUGUCCUACAAGCACGACACCAAGCUCCUGAUCCUGGCUCUCGAACGGCUGAAGGAGGCGUACAGUGUCAAGUCUAGGCUGAAUCAGAGCCAACGCGAGGAACUGGGUCUCAUUGAGCAGGCCUAUGACAAUCCCCACGAAGCCUUGUCCCGUAUCAAGCGUCACCUGCUCACCCAGAGAGCUUUCAAAGAGGUCGGCAUCGAGUUUAUGGACUUGUACAGCCAUCUUAUACCCGUCUACGAAGUGGAGCCUCUGGAGAAGAUCACAGACGCCUACUUGGAUCAGUAUCUGUGGUACGAGGCAGACAAAAGAAGACUCUUCCCGCCGUGGAUCAAGCCCAGUGAUACGGAACCACCGCCACUCUUGGCCUACAAAUGGUGUCAAGGCAUCAACAACUUGCAGGAUGUGUGGGAUGUGGGCGAGGGUGAAUGCAACGUGUUGCUGGAGUCGCGGUUCGAGAAACUCUACGAGAAAAUUGACUUGACGCUUCUGAACCGACUUCUGCGCCUGAUUGUCGAUCACAACAUAGCCGAUUACAUGACCGCCAAGAACAACGUGGUGAUCAACUACAAGGACAUGAACCACACCAACAGCUACGGCAUCAUACGCGGCCUGCAGUUCUCCUCGUUCAUCACGCAGUACUAUGGUCUGGUUUUGGAUCUCUUGGUGCUGGGCCUGCACCGUUCCAGCGAAAUGGCCGGUCCACCACAGAUGCCAAACGAUUUCCUAACGUUCCAGGAUGCCGUCACCGAGACGGCUCAUCCCAUUCGUUUGUACUGUCGCUAUGUGGACAGGAUUCACUUGUUCUUUAGGUUCUCUGCCGAAGAGGCACGUGAUCUGAUCCAAAGAUACCUGACCGAGCACCCGGAUCCCAACAACGAGAACAUUGUCGGCUACAACAACAAGAAGUGCUGGCCCAGAGAUGCUCGCAUGCGUUUGAUGAAGCACGACGUGAACUUGGGCCGUGCUGUCUUCUGGGACAUUAAGAACCGUCUACCUCGAUCGGUGACCACCAUUGGCUGGGAGAACACCUUUGUUUCUGUUUAUUCCAAGGACAAUCCCAACUUGCUGUUCAACAUGAGCGGCUUUGAGUGCCGUAUUUUGCCAAAGUGCCGCACACAAAACGAGGAGUUCACCCACCGUGAUGGCGUGUGGAACUUGCAAAACGAAAUCACCAAGGAACGCACUGCCCAGUGUUUCCUGCGCGUAGACGAUGAGUCCUUGGGUCGCUUCCACAAUCGUGUGAGACAGAUCCUCAUGGCUUCAGGCUCUACCACUUUCACAAAGAUUGUCAACAAGUGGAACACCGCCUUGAUUGGUUUGAUGACUUAUUUCCGUGAGGCUGUGGUCAACACCCAGGAGCUGCUUGAUUUGCUGGUGAAGUGCGAGAACAAGAUCCAAACUCGUAUCAAGAUUGGCCUGAACUCCAAAAUGCCUUCCCGUUUCCCGCCCGUGGUUUUCUACACCCCCAAGGAGCUGGGCGGUCUGGGCAUGUUGAGCAUGGGCCACGUCCUGAUUCCCCAAUCGGACUUGCGCUGGUCCAAACAAACAGAUGUGGGCAUCACCCAUUUCCGAUCAGGUAUGUCUCAUGACGAGGAUCAGCUGAUUCCCAAUCUGUACAGGUACAUUCAGCCGUGGGAAAGUGAAUUCAUUGAUUCCCAGCGCGUGUGGGCAGAAUACGCUCUCAAGCGCCAAGAGGCGAAUGCCCAAAACCGCCGCCUCACGCUGGAAGAUCUGGAGGAUAGCUGGGAUCGUGGUAUUCCCAGGAUUAACACGCUCUUCCAGAAGGAUCGGCACACGCUAGCCUACGACAAGGGUUGGCGCAUUCGAACCGAGUUCAAGCAGUACCAGGUUCUCAAACAGAAUCCCUUCUGGUGGACGCAUCAGCGACACGACGGAAAGCUCUGGAAUCUGAACAACUACCGCACGGACAUGAUUCAAGCCCUGGGCGGUGUGGAGGGCAUCUUGGAGCACACGCUUUUCAAGGGAACUUACUUCCCCACCUGGGAGGGUCUGUUCUGGGAGAAGGCCUCCGGUUUCGAGGAGUCCAUGAAGUACAAGAAGCUCACCAAUGCGCAGCGUUCUGGUCUCAACCAGAUUCCCAACCGUCGCUUCACCCUCUGGUGGUCGCCCACGAUCAACCGUGCCAAUGUGUACGUUGGUUUCCAAGUGCAAUUGGAUCUGACGGGUAUUUUCAUGCACGGCAAAAUCCCCACCCUGAAGAUUUCGCUGAUUCAGAUCUUCCGUGCCCAUUUGUGGCAAAAGAUCCACGAGUCGAUCGUCAUGGAUCUGUGUCAGGUGUUUGAUCAAGAGCUGGACGCCUUGGAGAUCGAGACGGUGCAAAAGGAAACCAUCCAUCCCCGUAAAUCCUACAAGAUGAACUCCUCGUGCGCGGACAUCCUGCUCUUCCCCGCCUACAAGUGGAAUGUGUCGCGUCCGUCACUGCUAGCAGACACUAAGGACACCAUGGACAACACCACCACCCAGAAGUACUGGCUGGACAUUCAGCUGCGUUGGGGAGAUUACGAUUCCCACGAUGUAGAGCGGUACGCCAGAGCCAAGUUCCUGGACUACACCACGGACAACAUGUCCAUUUAUCCCUCGCCGACGGGAGUUCUAAUAGCCAUUGAUCUGGCCUACAAUCUGCACUCUGCGUACGGCAACUGGUUCCCGGGCUGCAAGACCCUGAUUCAGCAGGCCAUGGCCAAGAUCAUGAAGGCCAAUCCCGCGUUGUAUGUGCUGCGUGAACGCAUCCGUAAGGCUUUGCAGCUGUACUCCUCGGAGCCAACGGAACCGUAUCUCAGUUCCCAGAACUACGGCGAGCUGUUCUCCAACCAGAUCAUCUGGUUCGUGGAUGACACGAAUGUGUAUCGCGUGACCAUCCACAAGACAUUCGAGGGAAAUCUGACAACGAAGCCCAUCAACGGAGCCAUCUUCAUCUUCAAUCCACGAACGGGACAGCUUUUCCUGAAGAUCAUCCACACGUCGGUGUGGGCUGGCCAGAAGCGUCUGGGCCAGCUGGCCAAGUGGAAGACAGCCGAAGAAGUGGCGGCUCUGAUUCGAUCGCUGCCGGUGGAGGAGCAGCCCAAGCAGAUCAUUGUGACCCGCAAAGGCAUGUUGGAUCCGCUGGAGGUGCACUUGCUCGAUUUCCCGAACAUUGUGAUCAAGGGCUCUGAGCUGCAGCUUCCCUUCCAGGCCUGCUUGAAGGUCGAGAAGUUCGGUGAUCUGAUUUUGAAGGCCACUGAGCCGCAGAUGGUGCUGUUCAAUCUGUACGACGACUGGCUGAAGACCAUCUCCUCGUACACGGCCUUCAGUAGGCUCAUCCUGAUCCUGCGUGCUCUGCACGUGAAUACAGAGCGUACCAAGAUCAUUCUGAAACCGGACAAGACCACCAUCACGGAGGCUCAUCAUAUCUGGCCCACGCUGUCCGACGAGGAGUGGAUCAAGGUGGAAGUCCAGCUGAAGGAUCUCAUUCUGGCCGACUACGGCAAAAAGAACAACGUAAACGUAGCCUCGCUGACGCAGUCCGAGAUUCGAGACAUUAUUCUGGGCAUGGAGAUCAGUGCUCCCUCGGCGCAACGUCAACAGAUCGCCGAAAUCGAGAAGCAGACCAAGGAGCAGAACCAGCUCACGGCCACCACCACAAGGACCACGAACAAGCACGGUGAUGAGAUCAUCACGUCCACCACGUCCAACUAUGAGACUCAGACCUUCAGCUCGAAGACAGAGUGGCGAGUGAGAGCCAUUUCAGCCACCAACCUUCACCUGCGAACCAACCACAUCUACGUCAGCUCGGACGACAUCAAGGAAACUGGCUACACCUACAUCCUGCCCAAGAACAUCCUCAAGAAGUUUGUGACCAUUUCGGAUCUGAGAGCCCAGAUUGCGGGCUAUCUGUACGGAGUGAGUCCGCCGGACAAUCCGCAGGUGAAGGAGAUUCGCUGCAUUGUCAUGCCGCCACAGUGGGGCACCCAUCAAACGAUCAACCUUCCCAACACCCUGCCCACGCACCAGUACCUCAAAGACAUGGAGCCGCUAGGCUGGAUUCACACGCAGCCCAACGAGCUGCCGCAGCUGUCGCCGCAGGACAUUACCACCCACGCCAAGAUCAUGCAGGAGAACUCGAAUUGGGACGGCGAGAAGACGAUAGUGAUCACGUGCUCCUUCACUCCCGGCUCGUGCUCGCUGACCGCCUACAAGCUGACGCCCUCGGGCUUCGAAUGGGGCUCCAAGAACACGGACAAGGGCAACAACCCGAAAGGCUACCUCCCGUCGCACUACGAACGCGUCCAGAUGCUGCUGUCGAACAAGUUCCUGGGCUUCUUCAUGGUGCCGGCCCAGAGCAGCUGGAACUACAACUUCAUGGGCGUGCGCCACGACCCGAACAUGAAAUACGAACUACAGCUGGCCAAUCCGAAGGAGUUCUAUCACGAGCUCCACCGCACCUCGCACUUCCUGCUCUUCUCCAACCUCGAAGACGGUGGCGACGGCGCUGGCGCGGAUCGUGAGGAUGUCUAUGCGUAGGCGCGAAUCCCAAUCGGAUUCUUAGGUCCUUCGUUUUAUCGUUUAGUGCAAACAAGCAGUUUUAUAAGCGUGUUUUCAAAAUGCUAGAGUCUAGGUACAUUUUGUAAUAAAAAUCUGUCUUUUUUACCACCAA